CACUGACCUAGCCCCACCUGCCCGGUAGAGUAAAGGAAGAUCAGUCCAACCUGCAAAACCAGAAGAGCAACCCAUCACUCAAGAUGUGUCCUCAUCCUGUGGAAUCAGAUCCAUGACCAUGGUCUGCCUAUGGAGACUUAGAGUCCCAGAAAAGCAGGGUGUAUCUUUUGUUUAUCCAAAUAAGACACUGCAACCGGAAUCUUCCUGGCACAAGCUUAUAGCCCGAUAGCAACUGAGGAAGAAGAAGACUGUGUUUAAAAAUUUCAGACACUUCACAUGAUGUAGCAAUUGAAAAUGCGCGAGCAAGUGAAUGUCUACUGAAGUCUAUAGAGUAUGUGUGAAAUAUAUUAACAACAGGAGGGAAUGUUGAAAGAUUUUAUGUUUUAUGUGUUUUUAUUCGUUGUUUUAUUAUCUUUCAUUAAGAAGCAUAUCAUGAAGUGUUCAUAUAUUUCACAAGGUUUCUGUUGUGCAAGCUGACAUUUAACUCUACAACACAAAUAAGUUAGACAGGAAACAGAUGCAGCACCCAAACCACAAGAGUUGAAAAGUGCACCACGUUUCCUAGAGGAAGCAGCCAGACACACAUGUGACACACACACACCCACACACACAACCAUUGGUUUAGAGGAACUUGUAAAAGAGGAAAUGUGAUGUGCUUGCAUACGUGAUGUAACCUAUAAAAAGAACUGUUGCCUGCACUCAGGGUGUGGGUCUCGCCAGAGGCCUCACCCGUGCGCGGGGUCUCGCCAGAAUCCUCACCCGUGCACGCCGCUGUUAUUAUAUUCUAACUGUCUGAGUGUCUUUAUUCAACCUGAAGAAUGUCUUAUUAAAAAUAAACUCUUGACAGCUCUGUAGUGUGCUCAUGUGUUAAAUGAUGUAAACGUGAGCAUUUCACACACAUUUGCAAGUAAAACAGAGCUACAAUAAAAGUGUAUUUAGGAGCAACCAAUUAAAAAGUCUGACCACAUUAAAGCUACACUAUGGGGCGCCGUUUGUAAAGUGAAACAUGCUGAAAUUAACAUCAACAUCUUUCCACAUUUAGCUCAAAACCUUCAAAAACAUGUUUUUUCGAGUCAUUUUUUACAACAUUUAGUAAAAUAUUUGUAACUAUUUAUGUUAUAUUUAUGUUACUUACCACUGUACAGUGCAUCAAUUUAGUAGUUUAGAGGACCAAGGCACAGCAAGACCAACAUCAGGAACAUCAGCAACAAAAAGAAAUGUUACAUCUCUUGUGUUUUGUGAAAAUGAGAAAAGACAAGAAAAAAACAAGUCAUGCUAAACUUAUACAAUAGCAUUAAUAGUAUUUCAGUUAAUGUGCACAUGAAUGAUGUGUGUUUCCUCUGCAGGUGAAGGUAGAAAGUGUGUGUGAGCUGAUGUGGAUGUGAAUUCGGCAGCAUGGAUCAGUGUGAGGACAGCGAGAAGGGAGUCCCUCCCUCUAAAAGCACUCUGUGUGGGGAACAUGAGAGCCAGACCAAAGCUCAGAGGAACCAGCCUGGACCUCCACCCAGCUCUGUGUCCUUAAAGAGUGACCGGUCUAAAGGGCAUCCCAAUAAUUUUAAAGACCAGCAGGCAUCUGCUGCAGAGAGGACUGGAUUUUAUAUUCCUGAUGGAAACUUGGCUUCGACCCAAGUGGGCCAGGACAGCUCAGGGUUUCCCAGUGGUCAGUCUGCCCAGCAGCAUCAAACACACCUGGAUUCCAUAUUUAUGCUGCUGGAGGACAAUAUCAUCAUAUUUGUAAAGAACGAGCUGAAGAAGAUCCAGAAGGUUCUGAGUCCAGAUUACUCAGAAUGCACAGAGAAUAAGAUUGUGAAUGAGGAGGUUUUGAAGGGUGAGGAUGAUGAGCAGAGGAGCAGCAGAGAAGCAUUUGUGAAGAUCACAUUGCAUUUCCUAAGGAAACUGAAGCAGGAGGAGCUGGCUGACCGUCUGCAGAGCAAACAUGUUGCAGCAAUUUGUAAAUGUAAACUUAAAACAAAGUUGAAGAAGAAGUUCCAGUGUGUGUUUGAGGGCAUCGCUAAAGAAGGAAACCCAACCCUUCUGAAUCAGAUCUACACAGAGCUCCACAUCACAGAGGGAGGGACUGCAGAGGUCAAUGAUGAACAUGAGGUCAGAAAGACUGAAACAGCAUCCUGGAAACCAGACAGACCAGAAACAACAAUCAGACAAGAAGACAUUUUUAAAGCCUCACCUGGAAGAGACGAACCAAUCAGAACAGUGCUGACAAAGGGAGUGGCUGGCGUUGGGAAAACAGUCUUAACACAGAAAUACAGCCUGGACUGGGCUGAAGACAAAGCCAACCAGGACAUCCAGUUCAUAUUUCCAUUCCCUUUCAGAGAGAUGAAUAUACUAAAAGAGAAAAAGUUCAGCUUGGUGGAACUUGUUCAUCACUUCUUUACUGAAACCAAAGAAGCAGGAAUCUGCAGCUUUGAAGACUUCCAGGUUGUGUUCAUCUUUGAUGGUCUAGAUGAGUGUCAACUUCCUCUGGACUUCCACAAAACUGAAAUCCUAACUGACCCUAGAAAGUCCACCUCAGUGGAUGUGCUGCUGACCAACCUCAUCAGGGGGAACCUGCUUCCCUCUGCUCACCUCUGGAUAACCACACGACCUGCAGCAGCCAAUCAGAUCCCUCCUGACUGUGUUGACAUGGUGACAGAGGUCAGAGGGUUCACUGACCCACAGAAGGAGGAGUACUUCAAAAAGAGAUUCAGAGAUGAGGAGCAGGCCAGCAGGAUCAUCUCCCACAUCAAGACAUCACGAAGUCUCCACAUCAUGUGCCACAUCCCAGUCUUCUGCUGGAUCACUGCUACAGUUCUGGAGGAUGUGCUGAAAACCAGAGAGGGAGGACAGCUCCCCAAGACCCUGACUGAGAUGUACAUCCACUUCCUGGUGGUUCAGGCCAAAGUGACGAAGGUCAAGUAUGAUGGAGGAGCUGAGACAGAUCCACACUGGAGUCCAGAGAGCAGGAAGAUGAUUAAGUCUCUGGGAAAACUGUCUUUUGAUCAGCUGCAGAAAGGAAACCUGAUCUUCUAUGAAUCAGACCUGACAGAGUGUGACAUCGAUAUCAGAGCAGCCUCAGUGUACUCAGGUGUUUUCACACAGAUCUUUAAAGAGAAGAGAGGACUGUACCAGGACAAGGUGUUCUGCUUCAUCCAUCUGAGUGUUCAGGAGUUUCUGGCUGCUCUUCAUGUCCAUCUGACCUUCAUCAACUCUGGAGUCAAUCUGCUGGAAAAACAACAACCAACCUCCCAGAAGUCUUUCUUUUUUAAAAAGAAAAGUAGUAUAAAGUAUCUCCACCAGAGUGCUGUGAACAAGGCCUUACAGAGUCCAAAUGGACACCUGGACUUGUUCCUCCGUUUCCUUCUGGGUCUUUCAUUGCAGACCAAUCAGGCUCUCCUACGAGGUCUGCUGACACAGACAGGAAGUAUCUCACAGACCAAUCAUGAAACAGUCGAGUACAUCAAGAAGAAGCUGAGUGAUAAUCUGUCUGCAGAGAAAAGCAUCAAUCUGUUCCACUGUCUGAAUGAACUGAACGAUCAUUCGCUAGUGGAGGAGAUCCAACAGUUCCUGAGUUCGGGAAGUCUCUCCACAGAUAAACUGUCUCCUGCUCAGUGGUCAGCUGUGGUCUUCAUCUUGCUGUCAUCAGAAAAAGAUCUGGAUGUGUUUGACCUGAAGAAAUACUCUGUUUCAGAGGAGGCUUUUCUGAGGCUGAUGCCAGUGGUCAAAACCUCCAACAAAGCUCUACUGAGUGGCUGUAACCUCUCAAAGAAAAGCCGUGAAGCUCUUUUCUCAAUUCUCAACUCCCAGUCCUCUAGUCUGAAAGAGUUGGACCUGAGUAACAAUGACCUGCAGGAUUCAAGAGUGACGUUUCCAUACUCUAAACUGACAACUCUCCGACUGAGUCACUGUAACCUUUCAGAGACAGCCUGUGAAGCUCUGUCCUCAGUUCUUAGCAUGGGGUCCUCUAGUUUGAGAGAGCUGGACCUGAGUAACAACAACCUGAAGGAUUUGGGAUUGAAGCUUCUGUCUAUUGGUCUGGAGAGUCCAUACUGCAAACUUGAAACUCUCAGUCUGUCAGGCUGUUUGAUCACAGUGGACGGAUGUGCUUCUCUGGCAUCAGCCCUGAGUUCUUCCCACCAUCUGAGAAAGUUGGACCUGAGCUACAAUCAUCCAGGACACUUGGGAAUGAAGCUGUUGUUGCCUGAACAGAAGAAUCCAUCCUGGAAACUGGAAACUCUCAGGGUGGAGCCUGCUGGAGUCCGAUGGUUGAGACCAGGUCUGAGGAAGUAUUCCUGUCAACUCACAAUAGAUACAAAUACAGUGAACACAAACCUCAAACUGUCUGACAACAAAAGAAAGGUGACACAUGUGGAGGAGGUUCAUUUAUAUCCUGAUCAUCCAGACAGAUUUGAUGUUCAUCCUCAGCUGCUGUGUAGAAAUGGUCUGACUGGUCGCUGUUACUGGGAGGUUGAGUGGAAAGGAGAUGUUGACAUAUCAGUGGCUUAUAGAAAAAUCAGAAGGAAAAGUGGCAGUGAUAACUGUUCAUUUGGGUGGAAUGAUCAAUCCUGGAGUCUCAGCUGCUCCGAUGAUGGUUACUCUGUCUGUCACAAUAACAGAGAAACAUCCAUAUCCUCCUCCUCCUUCUCCUCCUCCUCUGUCUCUAACAGAGUAGCAGUGUAUGUGGACUGUCCUGCUGGCACUCUGUCCUUCUACAGAGUCUCCUCUGACACUCUGAUCCACCUCCACACCUUCAACACCACAUUCACAGAACCUCUUUGUCCUGGAUUUAGAGUGUGGUUUCCUGGUUCCUCAGUGUUUGUUUGCAGAGAAUAAUCUAAAGAGUGUCCUCGUGCCUCUUUAGAGAAACACUUUGACUGUUGAACAGAUAGUUCAGUCUGUACAUGUCUGUCUGUUUCACUCAGAAACACGUUUUCAGAUUCAUGGAUAAAGAUGGAAGCUUUGAUUAUUCCAGGAUCCACAUGUUUUUCUGUUGUUUU